CCAAUAUGGCGGCGCCCAUGUGUAAAUAACGUAGUAUUACGAAACACGUGUAAAACAACUAAUAAUAUUCCCUUAAAGUCCUUUUUUGCGUAUUUGUUUUAAUAGAUACAGCAUGGGUAAGAAAAAACAGCAGUCAGGAUUGGGAAAAGCAAUAAUCAAGGACAGAUUUGGAAAGAAACCAAGGACAGUUGGUGGUGAAACGUUUCUCCACACCUCAGAACUGCAAGAUGGCUAUGAAUGGGGCAGAUUGAACCUUCAGUCAGUCACUGAGCAGAACAACCUAGAUGACUUCCUUACAACUGCUGAACUUGCAGGAACCGAGUUCACAGCUGAGAAGUUGAAUGUAAAGUUCAUAUCACAGGAAUCAGGAGGCCUUCCUAGGGCUGAGGAAAUUAAAACCAUUCAGGGCCUCCAUAAGCAACAUGAGGCCCUUCUUAGAAUCCCUCGCAGGCCAUCUUGGACAAGUGAGACGACCGCCUCCGAACUCGAUCAGAAUGAGAAGCAAGCUUUCCUGGACUGGAGGCGAUCACUCGCCAUGCUCCAAGAAGAUGACCGUAUUGUGAUGACCCCUUAUGAGAAGAAUCUGGAUUUCUGGAGACAACUGUGGAGAGUGAUUGAAAGAAGUGAUGUCCUCGUUCAGAUCGUAGAUGCACGGAACCCUCUCUUGUUCUACUGCGCUGACCUGGAGUCCUACGUGAGCGAGGUGGACCAGAAUAAAGUCUGCUUACUCCUGAUCAACAAGGCUGACUAUCUCACUGAUAAACAAAGGCAGGUAUGGGCCGAGUAUUUCACGGAACGAGGGAUCAGAAUUGCCUUCUGGUCAGCAGUGGCGGAAACAAUUCGACAAGAGGCGGAGCAAAAGGCGGAAGAGGCGGGGGAAAUGAUACAUGACAAUGAUGAGGGUGAUGAUGAGGAUGAGGACAGUGAUGAUGAGGUUGGGGAUGAUGAAGUUGAUAGUGGUGAUGAUGCGGAUAAUGAAAGAGAGGGUACUGACAUUAGUGAUCAUCAGAAAGUUGGGAGCAGCAUUGACAGUGAUAUAAAUUCAGGAAAAAAUGUGGUUGAUCCAAAUACUUGUUCACAAGACAAACAAAAGACAACAAAUGAAGCAGAGACUGACAUUAGUAAAGGAUCAGAAAAUACUAAAUUGUGCAUGUGCUCGGAUGUUGGGAAUGUUGAAACUGAAAAAACUGUCGGGAAUACACUGUGUGGUGUGUGCUCCAAGUUACGGACAUUGCAGAUCAGUAAUACAGCCCAUAUGUACACUGGCCCGGAGUUGUUGUGUCUGUUUAAAGAACUACACACUGCAGAGAAGGUCACAAAAGGACAGACUACUGUUGGCAUGGUUGGAUACCCCAAUGUCGGUAAAAGUUCCACGAUCAAUGCCAUACUGCAGAUGAAGAAAGUCCCAGUAUCCGCAACGCCAGGCCGGACCAAACACUUUCAGACACUGUUUGUUGACUCCAGCCUGAUGUUAUGCGAUUGUCCCGGCCUGGUUUUCCCCUCGUUUGUCACAACUAAGGCAGAUCUCGUAGUCAGUGGGAUUCUGCCCAUUGAUCAGAUGAGAGACCACAUUGCGCCCACUUCACUGUUGUGCGAGAGACUGCCUCGAUGGAUGUUUGCGUCAACGUACGGGAUUAUCUUGCCAACACCGCCUGAAGGAGAUGACCCAGACAGGCCUCCAACAGCGUAUGAAGUGCUCAAUGUGUACGGAUCGAUGCGAGGGUUUAUGACAUCAAACGGGGUCCCAGACACACCCAGGUCAUCAAGAUACCUGCUGAAGGACUUUGUCAAUGGGAAGUUACUCUACUGCCACCCACCACCAGACAUGGACCCUGUAGAGUUCAAUGACUUUGAAAGCAGGGCACCAAAACACUUAAAGCCAAGUUGCCAGGAAGGAGAAGAUGGGAACCAAACUGAAAAGCCAGUACAAACCAGCAAGAUCGACUCCGAGUUCUUUAAGAAGGGUUUUUCCACAGUCCAUAACAAGUCCUCCCGCUGGGAUGGUAGUACCGGUUCCACUCCCACGGGCAGUCAGGGUUCACUAGAGGGGAAACCAUGGAAGAAACACAACAAUCGUGGGAAGAAAGAAAAAUUGAGGAGAGUUUAUGGCUAUUUAGACAAGUACUGAAAAUAUGAAUUAUGAAAUGUUGGAUAUACGGACACAGCUAUUAUAUGCAUUAAAGACUGCUUUUUCCAGGCUGCUUCCCCAAAGAAAAAAAGCCUCCAUUUUUUUCUAAAUAUUUAUGAUAUUGGUAAUAUUUUCCCCCAUAAAAAUGAAAGGACAAGGAUGCAGCAACAUGAAGAAGGCUUUAUCUGUAACUGUUCAAAUGAUUAUUUUGUAAUAUUAUAAUCCCAACAUUCAUGUGAUGUACAGAUUGUUGAUAAAUGGGAUAAAAGAUGUACAUGUGUUAAAUCUUUUAUUCACAUAAAAAUUAUGAUGUUAUUUGUUCCAGCUGUUGGACUUAUUUCCAUUAUUUUCUCUUUCAAAAGGUACAGGCAGACUGAGUAUUUGCACACACAAAAACAAUCGUGAUGAUAUGGGAAAUGUGAAAUUGGCAUAACUAUGCCAAUUGUAGAAAUGUUUACAAAAUCUUAACAUUUGCAAUCCACUGUCUGUAGAAUCAGACAACGUGUAUUUAGUAUUAUUAGUUACAUGCUAACGAAAAUUAGAUAAACACUUUUUGUACAGCUCUUUCACAUUAAGUUAUUUUUUUACACAAAUAAAAGAACAUUGUGUUGGCUUAUCAGCUGUUAACUUGUUUUAUUUUUAAGAAAAAAAUAAAGUUGUGUCAUAACCUUGAUGUCGUCAUUAGCGUUUGCAGUCAUUUGCAAAAAAUAUAGCCUUGCCAUAAUUUAAGAAACUAUCUAAUUUAUUCAUUUUAAACUUUGUACUCAAGUUACCAGUGACAAAAUAAAAACAAAAUCAAGACCCACAACUCUGACUUAAAUGAUAGUCAAGAAAUGUCUCUUUACCACCUGUUAAAGGCCAAGUCAAGCAUUGGCAUCGCUGUGUGAUACUGGAGCUUGAAAUUACAUUUUUUUUUUAUUAGAAUGAUAAUUAUAUAUAACUUUGAUGCUUUUUGUUGAAAAAGUGACUUUAAAUAUGUGUUUGCAUUGAUUUGUUAUUUGCUGCUUGUUGAUGAUUUGAAUGAAAUAAAUAUUUACCAACA